CCUCAUCUUUGUUCUGUGUUAGAGUGACAAUGUCGAGCGAUUCAAUGUGUUCCAGCAUCAUGCAAGAGGAUCUCCUGGCUGUGAGCAACAUAGGCGGAUGCUUGCGAAGACGCGGAGCAGUCCGUAGUAAUCAAGCUGGGCCUAGUCGGGCGCGUAGACUCUCGCAUGCUGGGUCUGAGACCGGUGCCGCCCCAUGUUCACCCUCUCCGGACCUGGAUUCUGCUACCGUAAAACGGAACUCAUUCGAUUCAUCCUGCACCAGAAAGUCUCGGGUGUCUUCUGUAUCGUCCUUUGCUUCUCUCCCGAUGACACCAGAUUCUGUAAUCAUUGACCUCUUUGAGGAUGACUCCGUCCUCCGCAGCGUCAAUAUGGGGAAGCCAACAGUCAGCACUCGGUCUGCAUCUUCAGAUCGCACAGCCAUAUUUGUGUCAUUCGGAGAACAGAGUCUCAAUCAAGGCUCCUCGACCUACGGUAAAGCGCACACCUUCUCAACACCACCGAACGCCUUGGUUUUGGACUACCCUGAUGCCUCUCAGCGGAGCUCUCAUGAGUCCGAACUCCAAUCUACCACCGGAGGAGCAUUUCAUACGGGCUACCUGACUGCACCAAACGAACGAUCUGAGCCAGCUGAAAUGAGGUCAUCGGCCUCAAAGACGCAGGUCGAAUGGGCUGCUGUCCGAGGUCACCGAACCCAGACGGAACUCUCCUUUUCGACGAGGGCACAACUGAAGCAUGAAAGUGGCCCACGCCUUGAUGCUCUUCAUGCUGGGUCAUUUGAGACAUGGACGGCGGCAUGGUUGGGCGAUGAUGAUGCAGAGCAGCGUGUCAAGGAUUUCCGGGCAUGGGAGGAGCGCGAGUCACAAAAGUGGGCAGCUCGGCGGAUACUUGAAGCUGGAGGCGAAGCUGGCGGCUAGACAGGCUUUGGACCGAGACACUAGAGCAUCAGCUUUCCCGAGGUCAAGCGUAGAUGUGUCCCGGUAGUCACAAACAUGCUGUGGCGCUGAUAGAAGAUGGAGGCUGACAGCCUGAUAUGCCAGUGAUGAUGUAUGUU